AUGUCAAAAAACAACAUCCUGAAUAUGGCUUCAAGGAGAAAUUAGAAUCACUAAAACACAUGUGGCAUCAUCUUACAAAAGAUGAAAAAUUCAUUUAUGUUCAGAAAAGUAAACAAUUGAAAUUUUGAAUUGAUUAUAUUUAUAUAUUUAAUUUUAUGAGUACUCGCUAAGCAAAUUUUUAUAAAAAAGGCUAGGAAUAUGGUUUAAGAACACAUUAGAAAAGUGAAAUAAAUAUUGAUUGAAGGCAAACUAGAUAUGGAUGAUUCAUAAAUUAAACUCUCUAUCCUAAAAUAACCAGAAAAUUCAGAGAGGAUUGCUUAAAUCAAUAAUAAGAAUUAGAUAACAAUAACAUAUUUUCAAAGAAGACUAAAUUCUACUUAAUGCUAAGGGUAGUAGAUCUUUCUAAAAUUAGUAAAGCCUAAUAUAGAAAUAAGAGUCUGUAGAUAAUUAAUCUGAUAAAUAAUACAGUUCUACUUCAAAACUUAAACAUUUUGAAGAUUAUGUUCCCAUCAUCAAAUAUGAUCUCAAAGAAAAACAUUAAAAAAUUCUGUUUUUUUUAUAAAAUAAAAAUUUUGACUAUAAUUAAAAAGUGUAAAAAGAAGAAUAAGAUAAUACAGUAAAUCUAUUACUCUGAUAAUUCAAAAAAGUAUUUACAUAAUGGCUAGAUGGUUCAAUUUAUAAAGGAUAAUGGUAUAUGUUGUGUAAAUGGAAAAUUGAUUCAUGCAGAUGGUCAUGCUUAUGAGAGAGAAUGGCUUGAUCAAGAGGUUAAUUUUUAUAGCCAAAAGGGAAGAAAAAUGAAGCAACCUAGGUUGAAGGUAAAUAAUAAUGAUAUGGGGCAUAUCAUUUACUUUAUUAAGCACCUAAGUAUCGGUUAUUGA